GAAGGUUUGGGUGGCCCCGCCCCUGUGUGGUAUAUAAGGCCGCGCCGUCUCCAGCUGCCACAGUCAACACUGACACUCCUGAGCCAUGAAGACCCUGAUCAUUGUUGCCGCCCUGGCCGCCUACUGCUUGGUUGCCACAAGCGCUGCUCCUGCCCCAGAUGCUGAGCCCGGCUUCUUAAGAGGCUAUGGAGGUUACGGAGGAGGGUAUGGAGGAUACGGAGGCUUCGGGAGAGGAUAUGGAGGGUAUGGAGGAUACUAUCGUGGCAAGAGGAGCGCUGAGCCUGCUGCUGAACCUGAAGCUGAGCCCGGUUACCUAGGCGGUUACGGAGGCGGAUACGGAGGCUUCAGAGGCGGAUACGGAGGCUUCAGAGGUGGAUACGGAGGCUUCAGAGGCGGAUACGGAGGUUUCUAUGGCUGAACCUUUUCGACUGUCAAGUGAAUGACUUCUUUCUAUCAAUGCAUUCUAAAUGUAAAGAUGCAAAAUAUAUAUGAAGAGAGCCAAAAUACA